ACAAGUGUUGGGGGAGUGUGUGUGAUGCUACAACCUCCUUAUAAAGGGACUCUCUCUCACGUUGUGGCUUGGAAAUUAGAGCACAUUGCCUAAAAUUGAGGUCUUCACAUACACUCACACACGCCGAGUCAACGAGAGCCACUGCCAUGGAUUCGAUGAACGCUAAGGAGAUGUUUCGCCAGGCCGAGACGCCUCUCUUCUGGGUCGGCGCGUUCACAGUGGCCUCUCUGGCGUUGUGGUUGCUCUACAGGCUGCUCUCAGGCUUUAGGAUCUGGGUCUUGGGAAAUGGGCAGUUGCUUUCUCCGAAGCUGGGCAAAUGGGCAGUUGUGACAGGAGCCACAGAUGGAAUCGGGAAAUCCUAUGCGGAGGAGCUGGCUCGUCGAGGAUUUGCUAUGGUGUUGAUCAGUCGCUCCCAGGACAAGCUGGAUGACGUGGCCAAGUCACUCAAGGAGCAGUAUAAAGUAGAGACCAAGACCAUUGCAGUUGACUUUGGCAAGACAGACAUCUACUCCAAGAUCAAUGAAGGGCUGGCCGGUUUAGAGAUUGGUGUUCUUGUCAACAAUGUUGGUGUGUCCUACCCCUACCCUGAGUACUACCUCCAUAUUCCAGAUCUGGACGACUUUAUCACAAACAUGAUCAAUGUCAACAUGACCUCAGUGUGCCAGAUGACCCGUCUGGUGCUGCCUAGAAUGGUUGAGAGAUCCAAAGGUGUUAUCCUCAACAUCUCCUCUGCCAGCGGCAUGUACCCCCUCCCUCUGCUCACAGUCUACUCUGCCACAAAGGCCUUUGUGGAUUUCUUCUCUCGUGGCCUUCAGGAGGAAUACAGGCGUCAGGGCAUCAUCAUUCAAAGCGUGCUGCCUUUCUAUGUGGCCACUAAGAUGACCCGCAUCAAGAAGCCCACCCUGGACAAGCCCACCCCAGAGCGUUACGUAGCAGCUGAGCUGAACACUGUGGGUCUGCAGAGCCAGACCAAUGGCUACUUUCCCCAUGCUGUCAUGGGUUGGGUGACAACCAAGCUAGUGCCAAGCAGUAUUGUGAUCUACUUGGGAGCUGGAAUGAACCGUCGCCAGCGCACAGGAUACCUGCAGAGGAGGAAGCUGCGAGACCAGAAGAAUGGAGCAAAUUUGAAGAGUGAAUAGGGAGAUUGCUGAUGACAGCUGCACUGUUCUGACCCAGUGUAGCGUUUAAUGAAGAGAUGGAUUAUUUUGUAUCUAUGUGAUUGAUCCUCCAGGGUUGCCUGAGAUUUCACCUUUUGUGCCUUCAGUAAAUGAAUAAUGCAAACAGCAAUCUGCCCUGUUAUGGUUUAUCUGAAAUGAAACAACCAAAGCAGGUAGGAGAUGAAAUGAUAAUAAAAAGAUGCUUCUGGCAAAGGA